GCGAGACUCUAGAGGGAAGAGGAGCGGCGAAAGAGGCGAGAAGAGAACUCUGUAGAGGAGUUUGUGGAGAGAGAGAGAGAGAGAGAGAGAGAGAGAGAGAGAGAGAGGGGUGGGGAUGGGGGUUUCUACGGUGGUGAACACGUACCCGCUCUCGAGCUACACGUUCGGGACGAAGGAGCCCAAGAUGGAGAAGGACACCUCCGUCGCUGAUCGCCUCGCCCGCAUGAAAGUCAAUUACAUGAAAGAAGGAAUGCGGACAAGUGUUGAAGCGAUUCUCCUGGUGCAGGAGCACAAUCAUCCCCACAUAUUGCUACUCCAAAUUGGUAACACUUUUUGCAAACUUCCUGGUGGACGCUUGAAGCCUGGAGAAAAUGAAAUUGAAGGUUUGAAAAGAAAACUGUCUAGCAAACUUGCUGCUAAUUCACCAGCCCAUCAGCCAAACUGGCAGGUAGGUGAGUGUGUUGCAGUGUGGUGGAGGCCAAAUUUUGAGACUGUUAUGUAUCCUUAUUGUCCGCCCCACAUUACAAAACCCAAAGAGUGCAAAAAGCUGUUUCUUGUUCACCUGUCGGAAAGGGAAUAUUUUGCUGUUCCCAGGAACUUGAAAUUGCUUGCUGUUCCACUGUUUGAGCUCUAUGACAAUGUUCAGCGAUAUGGACCUGUUAUAUCAACAAUUCCACAACAAUUGUCAAGGUUCCAGUUCAACAUGGUUAAUGCCUGAAAUGGGUGAAGCUGAAGGAUAGAUAUCGUAAAGCUGCAGGUAGACGAAAAGCAUGAGCGAAGCAUGUCCUGCCUUAUCAUAUGCUGCUUCCUAACUAACCUUUUGUUAUCUGAAAGUAGUCAUAUAUGAAUUAAUGUACUGAUAAAUCUGCGUGAUGAUUUGUAACGUAUUUACACUUUCAGUUGGAUGCCACAUAUUUUGAGCUGUAUCUUAGAGAGGCGAAAAUGAAGUUGUAGAUGUUGGUAGAGACUAGAGACUUGCAUGUAUUUGAUAGAAAGUACAUUAUUAUCAUGUAAAAUGGAUGAUAUUUUUCUUUUUCCGUCCCCCCUUUAAGAAAUUUUUCUUUUGGAAA